UAUGAUAAUCACACAAUACGUACAUAACAUAUACAUAAUUGGAGUUGGAAUUGGCGAGUUGGACAUACAAAUAUUCCACAAAUAAAUCAGUUUGAAGUUAUGUAAAAUGUUUAACGUAGCUUCUUUUGUGAAUAAUCUUUCAAAAGCAAGACAAUUGUCUUCUCAAAUUAUCCGCAAAUCUUCCAAAUGGAUUCCACAAGAAAUUGAAACUCAUACCGGACAAAAAUGGGAUUCAGAAGAUUACAGAUUAGUUAGAUUUAUUGACAAAAAGAAACAUGUAAAUCCUAAUUGGGCAGUUAGUCUAGUAGACCAAGAACCACCAAAGCCAAGUCAUGAGAGGGUGGUUGCUUGUGAUGGUGGUGGUGGCCCUACAGGGCAUCCGAAAGUGUUCAUAAACUUGGAUCAACCUGGUAAUCAUGCAUGUGGGUAUUGCGGGCUUAGGUUCUUUUUGGAUCAUCAUUAGUUACCGUGUGUCAGAAUAUCCUUACUGAUUAUAGAUGCUGAAUCUAGAUUGUAAAUAAAUAUUUAUUAUUUGAAAGUGGUAA